AAGGCGGUACUUUUCGAACAUAACGUUCCCACAACCAGCAGUACACAUCGUUCGAAACACCGCUGCACCGCCAGUUGUUGUAAUAAUCCUACAAGCUCGUCGUCCGUGGAUGGCUUUUCGAGAAUAAUAAAAUUAAAAAAACAUACAAAAUUUAUUCGAAGCGAAAACAAAAUAAUAAUAACGCUGUUCGACGAGUUUUAUUCAAUUUGUUUUUGUUUUUUUGUUUUUCGGUGUAAAUAUACCUAAUUUUUCUCGGUGCUAUUUGGUGCAGAAUUUUGAUCAUUUUUUUUUUGUUCUCUUUUAUUUAUUGAGUUUUUUCGGUGUGAUAAAUGAUCAAUAUACUUCUCGAGUGUCGUGUUUCCUCGAUCAUCAUUCGCUGCUGUUCCGAUACGUAAAAUGAUCGUGCAAAGAAUUCAUUACUGAUGCUGAUGUUAUAAUCUGUCAUUUUUUUCGGUAUAUAGUGUUCGAUUUAUUCGGAUCUGUGCUUGCGAGUAUUACGAGUAUUGUUUUUCUCCAUCGAAACCACGUUGUGACCGCAGCAAUCAUUCCAAUGAUGGUUUUGGAAUCGGGGGUGCUGCCUCCACCUUUAAGACUAUACGCUGCAGCAGCCGCAGCCAACGGAAAUGGUGCGAAUAACGCGUGUUUCCAGCCGAAUCCUUUAUUGCCACCGCAUCCGUUAUUUCCUCAUUUUGCGGCCAGGUUUCCGAUGACUUUGGCGGCAGGAUUUGCCGGACUGCCACCUUUUCUCAAUCAUCAAGGCUCCGCUUCGAGAUUCGGAGCAGCUAAUCAGAUACUUUCGUCGAGGAAUUUGGAGCUGAAUAUUAACGCCAAUAAUGUCAACAGGCCGGAUAUGUCAAUGCAGAGGAAGAAACAAAGGCCUUACGUUGCAUCUCCAACCAGUGACGAUAGCGCUUCCGAAGAUCAUUCGCCCAAAAAAGAUGUUUGUUUUUCAGAUUCAGACGGAGUCAUGUUAUCAGAUGAUGUAUCCAGUAAAAGACGCAGAUCCAGGACCAAUUUCAAUAGUUGGCAGUUGGAGGAAUUAGAAAGGGCUUUCUUGGCCAGUCAUUAUCCAGAUGUGUUCAUGAGGGAAGCCCUAGCGUUACGUUUAGACUUGAAAGAAUCUCGAGUGGCGGUUUGGUUUCAAAACCGACGAGCUAAAUGGAGGAAAAAAGAGCACACUAAAAAAGGUCCCGGUAGACCGGCCCACAACGCGCAUCCGGUUACUUGUAGCGGAGAACCGAUCCCGUUAGAAGAGCUACGCCGCAAAGAGCAAGAACGAAGACAGAAGAAACUUUUGAAAAGUCUAGAACGCCAACAAAGAAAGCUAGCCGCCAAAGGAGUAGUCGUAGAUAUGGAUACGUUGCGACGCGAAUGGGAAACGCAGCAAGCUAAAGCCAAAGGAAAUAGUCAGCACAACAAAGACGACCACGAUUCGAGUUGCAACAGUAGUAGCGGUAUAGACAUAUUAAAUCACGACUCUUCCAGUUGUUGUAGCAUGGCCAGCAGCACAUGUACGCGUGAUAUCGAAAUAGACGUCGUCGGAGACGAAGGCGAAGACGACGACGACUGCGACGAUAUCGAUAGUGAUUUCGAAAGAGAAUCCAGACCUGUACCGAACGACGUCAGCAUAGAUUUGACGACAAAUUCGGUCAAUAAAAGCAGAAGACUUAAUCCCUUCAGUAUCGAAUCGUUACUGUCCAGCAAUAGCGGUAUCAGCGUCAGUAUGAUACCUUCCAGCAAUAAUAAUUGUACCAGUAGUAGCAUUACCAACAACAAUAAUAAUAACAACAACAACAACGUCAAUCUGAAUAAUAACAACAACAAUAACAGAAGUGAUAUUAACGAUAUCGAAAACAGUAGCACUAAUUCCGAUAGCAGAUGUGAUAACAGAUCCCUCGAAAAUAUACCCCACAAAGGUACCAGAAUAUACAAAAAUAUUGCAACCAGCAAUUACAACAGUGAGAAACAUAAAUCAGACAGUGUUCGAAACAGUCUCAGCAGUUUAAGUAAUAGUAAUUUUAAUUUUAACGGCCAUUUUAUUAGUUGUAAAAGCGAAUCCGAUAGUUCUAGACUUAAUAAUUACGACGCCGCUAAUACUUAGAUUUUUUAUAAAAACCCAUCGUCGUCGUUUCAUAAUAUUUUGUAUGUAUAAAAAUCCUACGAGUAUAGACCAUCCUUUAAAGAAUCUCAACUUUCAAUUCCAAAGCUAGCAUAGAAUAAAUUUUACUUAACAUAGUCUGUAAACCUAAUGAAAAUAUCUACUUGUAUAAAAUAAAUAUACCGUUAUACAUAAUGGGAAAGUCGAUCGAAGAUUUAAUACCUUUCCAUUCCCUCUUUUUUCAUUUCCUUUUUCUUUCUUUUUUUCUCCCUGAAAACAUAUUAUACAAAGAUCACAUAUCAAUAAUUUUCCGAUUUCUUCUUCUAUUGAUUAGCCAAGUUCCUCUAAAUCGAAAAAUCUGUGAAUUUGAAAAAAUGAUUCGAGAUCAAAAAUUCCCAAGCGGUGACUUCUCUCCUUCAGGAUAGUUGAAAAAUAAUCGUUCGAAUAUAAAAAUUGGAAAAAUUUUCACUUUAGUUAAUAAAAUACGGAAUGACCUCUCUAAUAACUUUUAUUCGCUUUCGUCCAACUGUCCAUUUUUCCACGAGCCUUUCAAUUUUUGGGAAGAGGGAUCUGGUCAAUUUUAAUAAAACCUGGGGGAAAAAUUCAAGGCAGCAAAAAAUACCUACAUGAAUAAGGAAGUUUGAUUUUAAAAGGCACAAAAUAGGACAGUUUUGCAAUUUUGGCAAAAACAGGAUUUAUUUACACUUUUCAUAAAAAAGCAGGAUUCCUCGGAAUUGUGGCAAAAAAAAUCAACAAGAUUUUUGGAAAUUUUGACAAGAACAUGACUUUUUUGAUUGGACAAAAAAAAUAUAUCUAAAGAUUUUUUUCUUGAAAAAAUAUCACCACUUUUUUUCAACUAAAUUAAUUUUCAGAAAGCUUUCCACUCGACCCCCCUCCACCCACACAAAAAAAUUGACGACAGGAAAAUUUUCAAAAAAAAAAAAAAAAAUGAAUUUGGAAGAAGAUUUGUAGGUAUACAGAGUAUUUUUCUAAUUUCAAUCAAAAUGAUUUAAAAAAUGUCAUUUUUAUCAAAAAUAAACUUCCUUUUUCAAUAAUUUAAAGGUUUUUGUCGCGCCUUUGGAUUUUUUCAACCAAUUUUUUCAAUACCUUUUUGACUAAAUUCACUAUUCAUACACUACUUUCACUAUUUGUUAGAUAACCAGGCAUUGAAAAUUUUGAAAAAAAUAGCAUUUUAGUAAUUAUUUUGGAAAAAAAAACCAUUGUUUUGCAACUUUGACAAAAAAAACAUUUUUUUUUUGAAAUUUUAACAAAAAAAAACAGUUUUUGAAAACUUUUACAAACGUUGGUUUUGUAAAAACUUCAACAAAAAGUACCUAUAAUUUCUGAAAAAUUAUGAAAAAAAAUGGAUUUUUGGAAAUUGUAAAAAAAAAACUAAUUUGCUAUCUUGAAAAAAAAAAUAAUGUUUUUUUUGCAAUUUGAACAAAAAGGUACAUUUUUCUACAACUUUAAAACGAACCAAAAAAUUUUGCAGCUUUGAAAAAAAAACAUGGCUCUUUUCAUCAUUUUGUUAAAUUUGCAAUUUUGAAGAAAAAAAAAACUCAAAAAUUUUGGAAAUUUUGAAAAAAAAUAGGAUAUAAUUUUGACAAGAAAUCAGCCGUUUUUUUUGAAAUUGUGAAGAAACACUGGUUUUUAUUGCACUUUGAACAAAAAGGUAGAUUUUUCUACAACUUUGAAAAUGAAGCAAGAUUUUUAGCAGUUUAAAAAAAAACAUGACCCUUUUUAUAAUUUCGACAAAAGAUCAGAUUUUUUUCAAAACUGUGACAAAAAAAACUAGCAAUUAUUUUUGAUUUCAGACAAAACUAUGAUCCCUUGCAAUUUUUACCAGAAUAGAUACAAUUUUAUGCAAUUGGCCAAAAUAUGAUUUUUUUCACCAAAAAAUGGCCUAUUCAACAAAAACAGCACCUUUUUGUAAGUUGAUAAAAAACCAGCCUCUUUCUAAGCGAUUUUGGUCAAUAAUCAUAAGUGACCAAAGACAAACGAUGAAAAGUUUCGAUUGGAGAGGUAGGCGGGUUCUGCGCCAGGAAUAAAAUUUGACAAUUUCAACGAUACUUGAAGCAGGAUUUCUUUGGACAAAUUUUAUAAAAAUAAAUCAGGACAAUAGUACGAAAAGCACAAUAAACAAGUCUGUUAGAGAGGUAACGAGAAGUCACUGCAUUUAUUCGUUCAUUUGUGGACCUUAUUUCGCAAAAGCAUACUUUUGGUUUUCAAUAAUUCUUCAAAAAGAAGCUCAAUUUGACUAUUUCCACGCAAAUUGAAAUUCAUCCGGCAGAACAAAAAAUUUAUCGACAACUUCUUUCAACUUGCUACAUACUUACUUAAUAUCUGUGAUACCUACACUUGAGAAAGAUCGCUUUCAAAGUUCAAAAUCACUCGAAAAUAACUUUCAACAUAUCAUGAAAAUCUUCUACUCGAGCCUUUAUGCAGGCCUGAGAGUCGCCAACACACAAUCACAAUAAUUCACAGUCAGUAACUAAAAUACCCCCAAAACCACAGGAGCGAAAUCACCCGUAUAAAUCCUAAACUGGAAAAUUCACUUACAGAAUCCGAAUCAUAUAAUAUUUCAACGCGUGAUCCUAAUAUCUUUGUUUUUUGAGUUACCUUUUAUAUACGUACUUAUGAAUAGUAAUUGUAUUGAAAUAACAUAUCCGAAAUGUUUAAAUUGUAUACAUAAUUAUUAACGAUAUAAAAUUAUGUCAAUGUAAAUAAUAUAAACUUGUAUGUAGAAUUAUUUCUACGUUCGUAUAAAAAAUUGCGCAUCGCAUGUUACCAUCAAUUUUUAUUAAGCGAAUUUCCCCCGAUAUCGAUUGUAGUACGUACGAUUCGAUUAAGUAUAUUGCUCUCUUAUAUAUCAUGACAAGAAUGUACCAUCAUCAUACGUUAUUUAUGUAUAUUAUAAGCUUUUAUGCCUAUCUCUAGGUAUGUAUUUUCUAGUCGAUAAAGCGCGACCAUCAGUACACAAUAUAGAUUUGUCGCAGCAAUUAUUGGUAGCUCGAAACAUGUAGCCAGGUACUGAUUUGUCGAGAGCAUACGCGAGCAUUUCAUUUUUUUCAAAUUUGCUUUUGUUUAUUGUUUUAUUUUUGUUUGUAUUAUAAGGUGUUUUUUUUGCCAUUUUAUUUAUUUGAUUUUUUUUUUGUCAUUUUAUUUGUACUAAAAAUGACGAUUUGCCCCGAGUAUAAAUAAUACAAAAAUAUGUAUGUUGUUAAUUUUAAUCAUUUUUUUUUUUUUUGUUGUAUGUAUCAAACUCUCUUCUAAUGUAUACCAAAUAACAUUGCGAUUUCCUAUUUAUAUUUUAUACUGAUGUUAUAUCAUAUUUUCGUGUAAUUUAUACAUUACUGUAAUAGAAAAAGUUGACGAAUUAA